GAUGCUGGUUAUGGUGGUAAGUCAUUGUUUGCUGUAGAAGAAGAAGAGGAAGGAGAAGAAACAAAUCAAAAGAUUGAUGAUGAGGUCCGAGCUGCUCCAUGGAACACAACUCAUCAUUUCAUUAAUGCAAUGAAAGGAAAAUAUCAACUAUCAGUGAGUGGACCUGCUGAUCCCACCGGCUGUGGGGAAGGAUUCUCUUACACUAGACUCAAUCCUAAGGAAGCAGGUCAUCCCAGCACUGUAUCUCCUAGCAAGAGGCCAAAGACUGUAAUGGGAACUGAGGCUGAUCUAAGGAAACUCAAGCUAAGUAAAGCAAGGAAUGUACUGAGAAACUUUGGAGUACCAGAGGAAGAAAUUGCUAAGUUAUCAAGAUGGAAAGUGGUUGAUCUUGUUAGAAGUAUUUCAACUGAAGCAGCAAGAUCUGGAGGAGCUGUUGAUGUUAGUAGUUUGAUGUUUGCUCGAGGCAGUAGAUGCUCCCAGUCUGAGGCUCAAGAGAGAUACAAGGAAGAAUGCCAAAGAGUGUUUGACAUUCAAAACAAGGUGCUGUGCUCCAAUGAGGUGUUGUCAACGGAUGAUGAGAGCAGUGAGAGUGAGGGAGAGAGUGACGAUGAAUUGGGACGGAAUCUCGAGUCUCUCCUCUCAUCAAAGAAAACGGCACUGGACCUCACACACGAGCAGGAGGAGAUGGAGAGACAAGAACUGAGGAGAUUAUUACUGGAUGAAUCAAAUGUUGGGCCCUCUUCUAGUAAAGGAGCUGCUGACAGUGGAGGAGGAGGAGGGGACCAUUCUGAAAGAGCCACUCCUUCUCUUGAUGUAGAUGAUGCUUCUUCAGUCCUCAGUUUCUCAAGUGGGCGGAGACUCUUGAUAUCAAGAACCUUCAGAGACGAGGGAGGGAGAGAAUACGUGAGACACGAAGUAGUAAAGAAUCAAGGAGUCAUUGAUGCUUAUGUGAGGAUAAUGAGUAGAUCAAAGGAUAAGGAUAUCAGGAUGGAGUUUGCUGAGAAAGAUGAGAAAACUCGUGAAGAUAUGAGGAAAGAAGUGAAGAGAUUACAGUCAGCUAUUAGGCAGUUAGAUAGAGCUGAAGAGAGAGCUAAGCAAAAGCCUCAGAAACCAAAAAAGAAUAAAUUAGAAUUCACUGCCAUGCAUUUAACAUGUAGUGCUUGUGGUCAGAAAGGUCACAUGAAAACUAAUAAAAACUGUCCAAAAUACAAGAAUCAACCUGUUCAGGUUGCUCCUACUGAUGACGAGUUAGCAGCUGCUACCAGUGAGGUACCACUGGUUCAAGAUGAUCUUGUUAAAGUGGAAGGGACUAAAGUUGUGCUUAAAAAAGAUUUACUUGAGCAUGCUGAAGAUGUUAGGAGAAGAUCAUUAGUACUGAAAUUCCCUAAAGAAAAGAUUCGUAAAAGAAAGAAGCAAGGAGAUGAACAGUUGGAUUAUUUAGAGAAAAAAGCUAAAGCUGGAAAGAGAAGACGGACCAACCCAGAGGUACUAGUACAGUAUUGCUAUACUUAACUUUUAUUGCUUUCCUUAGGUGCCAUAUUUGCUGCUGCUUUAGAGAAGAUUGUUAAUAAACUGAGUGCUGUCCAAGAGUAUUGGCCUUUUUGUAAACCAGUUUCCUCAAAAGAUGUGCCUGACUAUUAUAAUUUGAUAAAGUUUCCAAUGGAUCUUCAGACCAUGAAAGAUAAUAUUCGUAAGCACAUGAAGUAUGAGACAAGGCAGCAGUUCAUGGAGCAUGUCAAUCUAAUUGUUAACAAUUGCAUCACUUAUAAUGGAUUCAACUCUGAACUAACAAAAACUGCCCAAAAGAUGUUGGAAAUGUCUAACAAAGAAAUAAAUCAAAACAGUCAAGCUCUUGAGAAACUAGAGCAUGAGAUUAAUCCACUGCUGGGAGAUGAUCCACAAGCUGUUCUGUCCUUCCUCUGUCGUAAAUCCAUUGAAAGAAUGAAAGCAGUACCUAAUUCUUGGCCAUUUCAUUUUCCAGUAUCUUCUAAGAAGUUACCAGAUUAUAGAAUGAUCAUAACUAAACCAAUGGACCUUAUGCAGACUAUGAGAAAGAAAUGUGAGGCUGAUAGUUACAGAAGUCGUGAGGAGUUUCUUUUUGAUCUUAAUCAAAUAGUUGAUAACAGUAUCACAUAUAAUGGACCAACCAAUGUUGAAGGCACAGAUGAAGAGGAUAUAGAGAAAGGGAGGAAAGGAGAAGGAUUGAUAGCCAGUAGUUUGUUACCAGUCACUGGUGGUGGUAUGGACAUAUUGAGUCAUGAUUUACAAUAUUCAUCAUCAUCAAGCAGUGAAGGAGAGGGGGAAGAGGAGGAUAUUACUGAUAUGGAAGAAGUGUAA